AUGGAAAACAAUAGAUUUUACGCGAAUCAAUCAUGUCAAAAAGAAUUAGAGUAGCAACUUAAGGAUUCAUUUUUAGAAAAUAAACUCUUAAAAUAAGAAAACAAAUAUUUGUAAUUUCUUUAUCUAGACAAAAUAGAUCAUCUACUUUUGAAGAAUCAAAGUUUAAAUAAGAAGAAACAAGGAAAUUGCAAUCAUUAGUAGUUGAAUUGGAAGAGAGAGUAUUAACUUUGGAAGAAGAGAAUGCUAAGUUAUAUUCUGAGAUUGGUUACUUGUAAGAAUCACAUAAAAUAUUAUUUCAGAAGAGGAUUCUCAUAAACCAACGAGAUUUUAGUGAAUUAAAAACCUAGUUAUACUUAAUUAGAGCAAGAAUUAUAGGAUUUAUAGAUAUACUUGAAAAAGUUCAUUUAGUUACAGGAAUCUUUAAUUGAAUAAAUACCAAAUAUAAAUUUAUAAUUAUGUUGGAAAGAAAUUAAUUAGAUAUUUAAGAGUUAAUUUAAUACUAACUAAUCAAUUCAGAAUUUGUAAGAUGAAUUAAAAUUGAUAGAAACAACUUAUAAAGAACUUGUCCAUUCAAAAGAUAAUGGCUUGACACACUUAUAAGAGAUGGCUAAAUGUAAUAAAAAUCUUACUAAAUUAGAAUAAAGCAUUAGAGAAUCACGAGUUGAAAUAGAGAGAAUAAGGAAAGAAGUGCAAUUAAAUUAAAUGGAUUUAAAGUAAUUUGAAACUAAGUUGAAUGGUUUACAAAAUGAGUUUACUUACAUAAGUAAAAUAGAAACACGAAAAAACAAUGUGUAAAUGGAGGCUGAGAAACAAUUGAUAGAAUUCAAAAGAGGAAUAUUAAGUACGAAAAACUCAAAUCAUAAUGUAACUCUAAUGAGAGAUACUUUCAAAGAUAGAGAUACCUAUAAAGAAUUGAUACCAGAGAAAUUAAGGGAUUCCUCUAAUGUACUUCCAGUGACUUAAUCAAUACAUAGAUUUUAGAGACCCCAAAUUGAAAUUAACGAUAGGUAUGAUGAUUAUCAAGACAUUAAAACUCCAAUAGAGAAAACUAUUGAUUAGACGAGGAAGAAAUUAAGUAGAUAGUUAAGUUAAGCAAGUAGUCUUCGUGAUUAAAAAUAUAUUUGA